UGAUAGUUUCCUGUUCCGCUCUUGAUAUAUACUGUUUUACAUUUAAGAAAUAAUACGUUCCCAAACGUGGUUAAACAGAAUAACCAGUGUUUCGAGUUCUAAUGCGUAAGAAUAUAUCUGACACAAAGGCCAUAGGCCUGAGUGGUAUGUUUCACUUAAGAAUGAAAAACUCUGGUUUUUCUACGAUAAAUCACACUUGGGAGCUUAUUAUUUCGAUUCUAACACAACAUACUAGUAUCAACAGUGUUAGGACAAAUGGUAACUAUUUUUUACGACCGUGCUAUGCACCUGGAUCGAAUGACGUCAUUCCAUGCGCAAGGUUUAUUGCAGAAUCACCUGAGAUAGAUUUUGCUCUACAUGUAUGUAGGUUAUUUGCGGGUUGUAUUAGAUUACUGUGUUAAUACAAUGCAGACCGAACUAGAACUUUACUUGUCCGAAUUAUUUCCGUAUUUGUAGGAUAUAUAGAACCUACAUAGUAUAUUACCGGUAUAUCCUGGUUGUUUUUUGUUUUCAGAUCUACAAGUUUUGGAUAACAAAGUAUCUUAUUAAGGGAAUUCAAACUGUAUAAAGAUAAUGGUAGAUAGUGAAGAAUCUGGAACAGGGCAGCGUGUAGUAAGCAUUGCUGAAGAUAAUGAAUACUUCGAAAGAAUGUGGAAUUUGGUUCCCCCUUUAGUGACUGCAGAACUGGAACCAGAAGGCAAACUGAAGGCAGAAGAAGUCGCAAAAGCUGAAGCCAAAAUGAAGAAAAAGGCCAAAAAGGAAAAGAAAAGAGAAAAACACAGGAAGAAGGAAAGCUCUGUAAAUUCUGACACAAAACCAGAGGAGGAUGUACAAAAGCCAACAAAGAAACAUGAAAGGGAUGUUGAUGAUACGGAGUAUACAUCAUUAAAACCUAAAAAGCAGAAAGUAAAUCAUAUAGAGGAACCAUUGACUGUUAACCACACAGCUGCCACUGACACAUCAGACUCUGACGUGUCGUCUGAACCAGACGAUUCCACUACAAAACCCAAUACAGUUUCCGUGCAAGUACAAAACAUUCCUGUUAAAGGGAAAAAGAAACCUAUAGGUCAAAAAUCUUUACACAAACAGAGAGAACAGUGUUCAAAAGUAACAAGUACUGUUAGUAAUACAGAAGCUGGACCAUCAACGUCUUGUGUAGCGUUAACGAAUGAUUUGUCCAAGGGGGAUAUUCUUCAAGCAGCUAGUAUAAACAGUAUUGAAGACAAACGUGAAAAACUUCGGGUGAAAAUUGCUGAAUUACAAGCCAAAAGAAAACCAAGCAACAAGGAAAGGUUAGAAAAGAAGAAACUGAAAAGACAAGAAAGUAAAAUGAAGUUAAAACAGAAACGUAAAUUAGAAAAAUUACAAAAGAAACAAAACAAACAAAGUGGUGAAGGUUCAAAACCUACUAAAGGCAAUUUGAAUAAGGGUGCUAACACACCGGUGAAGCCAGUUUAUAACAAUGAAGGCCAGAUGGUUUUCAGUAAGUUUGAUUUCACGGAUUCCGCUAAGAAGGAAAAACGUCACAACGAUCUUGGCGGAAAAGACUAUAAAAGGUUGCUGGAAAAGAUCGAGAAGCGAAAUGAGAAAAUAAACAAAGUGAAAAGCAAAGACGAGAGUGCUGGGAAAGUAUUGGAAGAAAAAUUUAAGUGGGAGUCUGCUUUACAUAAAGCUGAAGGUGAGAAAGUGAAAGACAAUCCAGAAUUGUUGAAAAAAGCAUUGAAACGGAAAGAGAAAUUGAAAGACCAAAAGAAAAAGAAAUGGGAUAAAAGAGUGGAACAUGUGGAGAAAACGAAGGAUGAGAAACAAAAGAAAAGAAAUGAGAAUAUACAGAAAAGGAAACAGAACAUGAAAGACAAAAAACUGAAGAAAUUAAAAAAGAAAGGAAGAAUUCUGCCAGGAUUUUAAAUAUAGAAUAUAAUCUGUGAAAAUGAAUUUGUUACAACUUUGGACUUUGACUUAUGACGAUAAUAAGGUUUAAAUGUUAAUAUUUGCACACUUUAAAGCCUGUAAGAUUCUCUCAAAAAAGUUUGAAAUAAAUUUAGUCAAGUAGCUCGCUUCAUUUAAAUUUGAAGUGGUAAAAUUAGAUUUUACAAUUUUUUUCUGUGUUGUAAGAAAGUGAACUUCAUCUGAAUUUGGUUGAAGUUGAAGUGUUCUGAAUUUGGACUCCACAGACAUUUUAAAAUAAAUGUUAAAAUAAACUCUAUAUACUACACAUAUUGUAGGUGUGCAACUAUGAAAUAACAACCUCUGUAGGGCUAGUACCUAUCAUCUGUAAUUUUUUUUAAUACACUGAAAAUGCAAAAUCUUUAAUAUAUGCAGGGCUCUCGCGACUGGGCGACUUGAGCAAAAUAGGCGCUCUAGAAAUUCAAACUUCGCUCAAAUCUAACCUCAAAGCGAAAUGCAAGUCGCCCGAUUUUCUUUGAUUUCCGCACUCGCUAAGUACUGAUUUCCGCACUCGCUAAUUACUGCUACCCAGACUGUUGACAAUUUGCACCGUGUCAUAAUGAGUGUCGAAUACACAAACACACGCCGGCAGCAUAAUUUAAGCUCCGCCUACCUCAGGUACUUGCGAGAUUAUGCCGAGAAGUGUGAAAGCGAAUCAAAUUAUCCGAUACACCAGAGUCUGUUGUGUUAAGCCAAUCAGCGCCGCGUUUACGUCUGACACUUCGCGUUAAUUGUCAACAUGUUCGAGUGCAAAAAAAACAAUGUUUUAUUAAAGAAACUGCUGAUUAACUAUGCGAUUAAUUGGAAUAUGGUUCACAAUUAUUUGUUAUCUAUGAUAAAAGAACGGCAUGUAAUGUAUUAACUACAUUAAAUUGACUCCCAUCGAUGAAUUUAUUUGAAUAUGUAUUUCUAGAUUACUGUACACAUUUUACUUUCAGUUUUAUAUUUCGAGUGAGAUACUGACAUUCUUCGGUGAAUGACGCGGUGCAAAGAGCUAUAAAAAAUAAAUACACUUCUACUUCUUUGCUCGGUGUUAAUAAUAAACACUUCAUACAUGUACAAGAUAUAACCAAAAUUCGGCGUGUUACAUUUAUAGCAUCGGCUUGAAUUUUGAAAACGACGUUUUUCAGAAUUUUGUAAGAAAACGAUAACCACUGUAUGGGAAAUGAUCUAACUAAGAAAAUGAACGGUCACAUCAAUGUUUUUUAUCAAGAAACAAGAAAAUUACAGCCACCUUUCGAAUCACUCAACGUCAUUGCGGUAGAAAGUCUUCCCACUUCUCCCUAAAGUCUCCCCACUUCUCCCUAAAACAGCUUGAGGGAGAAGUGACUUCUCCCAAAAAUUUGGACCUAGCUAGACCCCUGAUAUGUUCAUGAGAGGUUACUGUUAUUCCUGUUCCCAUUCUAUUGUGUCUCUAGUUUGCCAUAAUUUAGCUAAGUAGACCCGAUUCUUCUACUAAAGAAUUGUAAUGGUAUUCAGAAAAUGUCAAACGGUAACUACAACAAAAUCUUGGCAAAAUAUUAAUAAAUUAACUAAUUUCUGUUUCGUACUUUAUUAACUUUGACCUAAAUAAAAUGUUACUAUUUGGCUUCUAGAGUUAAUAAAAGAUUUACAAAAUGAAUGAUUUUCAGGGUGGUUGGGGAAUUUGUACACCCGAAAAGGAGUCAAAAGUAUAUUCUCUGAUAGGGGAAUACGUUUUCCUAUUUCUUUUGUUUGAAAUUGAUCAAAAUAUAUAUAUGUUAAAACAGGUGCUGACAAAUUGCUUUAACAAUUGCCUGACAUUUGACAAACAUGACAGACAUUUUCAUUAUUUGAAAACGUUUUUCCAAUUGUGGUAGUAUUAUGAUUAUAUUAAAACAUUUAUGAUUUGAGCUGUGCCAUGAGAAAACCAACAUAGUGCAUUUUCAACCAGCAUGGAUCCAGACCAGCCUUUGCAUCUGCGCAUUCUGGUCAGGAUCCAUGCUGGUCGCAAAUGCACUAUGUUGGUUUUCUCAUGGCGAAGCUCAUUUAAGAUUUAACAGUUACUGACAAGCCACCAAAACAUUACAUUUUCUAUCAAUGGAGACCAUUCACUACCAGUUUGAAAAGUGUUUUUGUAAAUUGUCUGACAUAUGGUCCAAACAUAUGGUCUUGGACCCCAAAAAUGUUCUCAGACCUUGAAAUUAUCCAGACCUGUAAGAUGUGCCUGCUUUACUGGUUAUCACCUUGCAUCUCGCAGUUGAUAUGGUUAAAAUGUGACAGAUCGCUGAUUUAGAAUUUUAUGUAUAGUCCUCAGGUAUAUUUAAGCUGUAACACUUGCAUUUAAAAUGUGAUUUUUUUUCACUCAGUGGUGAUACGUUUUCAUUUUCAGUCAUUUAUUGAAAUAAAAACAGUUGGUUAUAUCCCUGUAGUCUGGCUGUUACCAGGGGUCAGUUGUGAUUAACAUAAGUUGUGUUUUUAGGGGCAUUUUCUGUUAUAAUAAAAAAUGACAUAUUUGUAGGGAUGGCAAUGAAUAUUGCUAACCUUUAGAAAAUUUUAUUUGUCAUAAAUUGAUGUAAAUCCAUUGCAACUUGUCUUGUUCUCAGUAAGUGUGAACCGCAAGUUAUUGAAAAUCAUCAGGCAGCACUUAUGUCUUGAAUUUUGAUGAAAGUAAAAGAUGUAUUUGAGAAAGGAAAAUGCUGAAAAGUAUAGAAAACAAGUUUAUUGUGAUACAGAACAUUUUGUACUGAAACAAACUAAUUUUCUCUAUGAAAUAAUGUCGAUGUUAAAGCUGUAAUAAAUUGUGUAAGAG